GAAAUAUCCACGAAGAGUGUAAUGUUUAUUAUGUAAUCCUGUGCCAGCUAUGUGAUGUUUUAUGCUUAAGUCGUCCAGUGGUUGACUGAUGAUUGAGAUUUCAAGUGUAAGAAUAGUCCCUCCAUUAUCUCAAGAAAUAUGGCUAACAUCGCUACAGGCAGAAUACAGAGGGAGCUGAAGGAAGUUAUGAACAGUGAUGAGGCUAUUAAGAAUCAGAUCAAGAUAGAAUUUCCAAUCAAUGAUUUCUCAAAACUCCAAGGGGAAAUCAUAGGACCACCAGACACACCAUACGAGGGUGGUAAAUUCAAGUUACACAUCGAAGUCCCAGAGACGUACCCCUUCAAUCCACCUCGUGUAAAGUUCUCAACCAAGAUUUGGCAUCCGAACAUCAGCUCCGUGACGGGGGCCAUCUGUUUAGACAUCCUGAAAGACCAAUGGGCAGCGGCCAUGACGUUACGUACAGUCUUACUAUCAUUACAGGCAUUACUAGCAUCACCUGAACCUGAUGAUCCCCAGGAUGCUGUAGUAGCCCAACAGUACAAGGAAGACCACGAUGCAUUUAUCAAGACAGCAGAACAUUGGACAACAGUGUAUGCUGACGGUAGUGCCAAAAAUCAAAAUUUGGAAGAGAAAGUCAGACAAAUUGUAGAAAUGGGUUUUGAAGAAACGUGUGCAAGGGAAGCGUUAUCUUUAUCUUGUUGGGAUGUAGAAAAAGCCAUUGAAAACUUAAUGAGUUGAGAGUAACUUUUCUAUUGUCUUCAUGUAUAUUUUCUUCUUUUUUUCAUCUGUGUAAUUAAUCUUAUUUAAGUAGAAAAUGAGGAGAUUGGGUUGCUCUUUAUAAUGUAAGAGAUAUGGAGUUGCGAAUGUUGUGUCAACCCAUCUGGUAGGGAAUCAGAUUGGACUCUCUUUUGGGCUUCAAAUAAAUUUGGAGAAUUCAAUCAUCAAGGUUGUAUAAGACA